UUCUGAACUGGGUUGUGACCUGAUGCAGUACUAUUCUGGUCUUUCAUAAAUAGCCAAUCGGAUGCUGGGUGACAUAUCAUUCAUAGCAACAUGGGUCCUCAGAAUGGUUGCUACUGUAGUCCGAAGGAUGCAGAACAGAUAUUUUCACUAUUAUGAGCCUUGGAAACAUGCACCUAGGGUUCUUAUUCUUCAUCCAUCAAUGGUGAUGGACACACCUGGCCUGUAGAAUCUUGCUGGCUUUGUGAAGAAGACACAGGUCUCAUCCCCAUGCUUAAUAGUUGUGGUGGGGAUGGUGCUGGAAAGCGCCUUAUGAACCAUCACCUGAACAUGGUUAACUUAUCACUAUUGCGAUCAUUUCGUGAUUAACAAUAAUAUUUUUUUUCUCAUCCCCACUAUUUUUUCUUGAAUGUUCAUCCCCACUGUAUUUGCUUAGUUUUUGUAGGAAGCAGUCAGAUGAGAUCUAUCAUAACUACAUCUUUGACUGCAUUAUAUAUUUGUAUGUGGGAAGCUAUUCGGAGAUUAGGGAAUUUAUAAAAACUACUUGCACGUUUUCUGCUUGUUAUUUAAGAUCCAAGGCUAAUCCCUGAAUUUUUGGGAGCUGCUUUACUAAUGAGAACUGUUGCCUUUACGAGCCUAAAGACUACAAAAUGCAUACCACUACUGCUGCCAGCCUUUACUAAUGAAUCAUGUGCAGCUGUAGUCGCCAUUAUUUGUGCUAUUAGAUGCCACAGUAGCAUGAUGUCAAGUGCUAACUUACAGGCUGCUGCCAAGCAGCUACGUAUGUCAUAAGUGGCUAGUGUAUCAAACAUACCAUAUAUGAAAAGCAAAUGAAAUUGUGUGCAGUUUACUGUUGAAUGAUAGAGUCGGUGCUGCAGUACAUCUAUUUGAAAGCUGGAAAUAUGAACAUAUGUGCACGUGUCAAGUAUCUGAUGAACUAUCAACUUUGAUUUAACUCUUGACUAUUUAUGACUGCUUAAUUCUGAAUCCGUCAGCUGUUAAAGACUAUUCUCAAUCUUAUCCUGAUAGGUUGAUAAGCCUGCUCAUUCUCUGUCAUGAUUCUGAGACGACUACUUUGUUUAGUUUGUUAGCAGUUUGCAUGGGAUAGUCACCAAGUAGGCCUCUAAUCCGUUACUUUAAUGGGGCCACAACAUGCACAUGCAGUGUGCCACAUUACAGUGGAUUACUGAGUCGGCUGGAGGCUUUCUGAAUCAUUCUUCUCUUGCUAUGACUAGUGAAUCUCUGUCCUUUUCUGGCUGUGAAUAGAAUAUAGCUGGGAAUCUCGCAUUUGCUUCCUCAGUGAAAGAAUUUACUUGUGUUGAAUGAGGCCAAGCCAGUUGCAACCAAAACUCCAUUCUUUUGUCUCCUGGACCAUUCAAUUAUGGGGCUAGUAUCUUCAUAUAAAACCAUGAUAUGCCUUUGAGGCUCGUCUAAGCUACCGUCUGCCUUUCUCUUGUGUUUUCAGAUUGGUUCCGAAGAGAUGGGCCUAAAGGUGUUCCAUUGGCUGAAUCGGAGGAUGCAUCCUAACACUGAGUACUGCACCAUCCAUGAGAACAAGGCAGCCAUGGAGGAUAAGGAAGACUCUGUGCGUCAGAGUGUUGCUGAGAAAGACACUGAAGCUCUGCUGCUCCGUGAUGUUCUUCUUAACGGUAUACUUGCAAUCGGCACACUUGGACAUCAUGUUGACUCCCUUUGUCCUGAGGCCUGCAUUGAAGAAGAUGAUUUCCUCGUCAUGGAUGAGGAGGUAGUAGUUGAGGAAGAGAAAAAUGAAGAGGAACCCAGGAAUGAGAAGGUCAAAGAAGAUGCUGCACUGGCAAUAGCACUAAGUGAACCAGUAGUUCCUGUUGUUGAGCCUGCCAAGAUGCAUUCAUCGUCGAUGAAAGAAGACAAUUUCUCAUGUUUCGUGACGGAAGAAAUCCUAAUGCAUGAGGUUGAAGAUGGGGGUGCCGCUAAUAUCCAGGAACGACCACUUCUGAUGGUAGAGAAGGUGGAGAAAGUAAGAACUACACUUGCUGAUUUAUUUGCAGCAGAAGCAUUCUCAUCUAGUGCUCCAGGGGAGAAGAAUUGCCAGGAUAUCGUCAUUGUUGCUGGGGCAUCCACUUCGAAGCCUGCAUUGUGCACUGAAAAGGCGCAUAAAAAGAAACCAACGAAGCCAACACCAAAGCCACUGAAAGCCACAAGAAAAUUAAGUCGGGUCAUGAGGAAGAUGUUGGGGAAGAAAAUCCACCCAGAGCAGCUCAAUGGGCGUAGCAAUGCAGAGGGCCCUCUUACUGCAUGAUGUACCUAGUCUUGCCGACAAGUUUGCUUCCCUAUCUGGUUUCAUUGGAUCCCUACGACUGAGAUUCCUUGCCCGAGAGAAGCGUCCAUGCAUAUGUUGACAGUGUUGAAGUACCUUUUUUUUUGUUGCCGUGUUUCGUCGCCGGUGAAGCAUGAAUAGCAUUCUGCUUUCCCUAUACAUAUAUUCUCGUCGUGCCUAUCUGCAUGUAAAAAUCAACUGCUGAGGUGUGUAUGAUCUUGUAAGGUGUCAUUCUCCGGCGCGCUGUCGGCGCCGCACUGUCCCGUCGUCGCGGUAUGUGUCGUAAAAAAAAAGUUAAUAAACCUCCUCUGUUUAUCCGUUGGCAU